CCUGGAGAGGGGCGUCGCAGAAGGCCACCUCUCACAUGGAGCGUUCCGGUUCUUCACUCUGCAGGAGGAGCUUCACCUGGCACGGUGACACGGUGCGGAGGGAUCUGCGGACCGGCCAGCCGACCGCGCAGCGAGCGCCCUGGAGGGCAGGCCCAGGACACGUUUCUCAUCUGUGGCGAGGGGGAAGUGUUUUCUGCCCCGGAGGCAUGACCCAGAGGCGGCACUAACGUGCUUCAGCAGUCCCCGGCUCUCAGGAUGCAGCUGAGGUGGGCCCGAGGGGACAAGAUGUGGCUGGGAGUCCUGCUGACGCUCCUGUUCUGUUGGAGCCUGGAUGGUGAAGAGAACUCUUUCACCAUCAACACCAUCCAGAUGGAGAGCCUGCCAGACUGGACGGUGCAAAACGGGCAGAACCUGACCCUGAAGUGCGUCGUGGACAUCAGCACCACCUUGAAGGUCAAGCCUCAGCACCUGAUGCUGUUCUACAAGGACGACACGCUGCUUUAUAACGUCUCCUCCAUGGAGAAUGUGGAGAGCUUUUUUAUUCCCGAAGCCCGGGUCUACGACUCAGGGACAUACAAAUGCAUGGUGGUUCUGAACAACAAAGAGAAAACCACUCAGGAGUACCAGGUCUUGGUGAAAGGAGUUCCCAGUCCCAAAGUGACUCUGGAUAAGAAGGAGGCCAUCGAAGGCGGGCUUGUGGCAGUCACUUGUUCUGUCCUAGAGGAAAAGGCCCCGAUACAUUUCACAAUUGAAAAACUGGAACUACAUACAAAAAUUGUCAAGCAAAAAAGGGAGAAGACUUCUCGGGACCAGAAUUUUGUGACGAUGGAAUUCCCAAUUGAGGAGCAGGACCAUGUCUUAGUAUUCCGCUGUCAAGCCAGGAUCAUUUCUGGGAUCCACAUAGAGAUCUCAGAGUCCAGCCGGAGCGAACUGGUCACCGUGAGGGAGUCCUUCUCCAUGCCCAAGUUCCACGUCAGCCCCUCUGGAGUGAUCACAGAAGGAGAACAGCUCCACAUCAAGUGCACCAUUCAGGAGACGCACCUGGACCACGAAAUUCCAGAAAUCAUAAUCCAGAAGGACAAGGCAAUCGUGGCCACCAGCAGACGCGGCUCCGAGGCUGUGUACUCGGUAAUGGCCAUGGUGGAGCACAACGGCAACUACACCUGCAAGGUGGAGUCCAGCCGCAUAUCCAAGGUCAGCAGCAUCGUGGUCAACAUAACAGAACUGUUUUCCAAGCCGAAGCUGGAAUCUUCCUCCGUCCGUCUAGACCAAGGUGAAAUACUGAACCUGUCAUGCUCCAUCCCAGGAGCGCCCCCAGCCAACUUCACUAUCCAGAGGGAAGACAUGAUUGUGUCGCAGGACCAGAACUUCACCAAGAUCGCCUCAGAGUGGGACAGCGGCAUGUACACCUGCACCGCAGGCAUCGGCAAAGUGGUCAAGAAAAGCAACACUGUCCAGAUCACCGUGUGUGAAAUGCUCUCCAAGCCCAGGAUUUCCCACGAUGCCAAGUCUGAGAUCAUAAAAGGACAGACCAUAAGAGUCAGUUGCCAGUCGAUAAAUGGAACUUCACCUAUUUCUUAUCACCUUUUGAAAGCAACUAGUACUUCAGAAAUACAGAAAAAGUUCUCAAAUGAUCCCGCAGUAUUCCAAGAUAAACCAACCAAAGAUGUUGAAUACCAGUGUGCCGCAGAUAAUUGCCAUUCCCACCCUGGAAUGGUCAGCGAGGUUCUGAGGGUCAAGGUGAUAGCCCCAGUGGAGGAGGUCAAGCUUUCUAUCCUGUCGAGUGAGGAGGUGGAAUCUGGGGAGGAGAUGGUGCUUCUAUGCUCAGUGACUGAAGGGACUGGUCCCAUCACAUAUAAGUUUUACAAAGAAAAGGAGGACAAACCCUUCCAUCAAGUUGUCACAAAUGACACCCACACAUAUUGGCACAAGACACAGGUUAGCAAGGAGCAUGAGGGACAGUACUACUGCACGGCUUCCAACAGAGCCAGCUCCAUGAGAGGCAGCUCCCAAAGCAACACUCUGACAGUCAGAGUUUUCCUUGCCGCAUGGAAGAAAGGACUCAUUGCAGUUGUCGUCAUUGGAGUGAUCAUUGCCACCUUGAUUGUUGGGGCCAAAUGCUAUUUUCUGAGGAAAGCCAAGGCCAAGCAGAUGCCCGUGGAGAUGUCCAGGCCAGCAGCACCACUUCUGAACUCCAACAACGAGAAGGUGUUGGAUCCCAAUAUUGAAGCCAACAGCCAUUAUGGUUAUGGUGAUGAUGUCGGAAACCAUGCAAUGAAACCAUUAAAUGAAAAUAAAGACUCUCUGAGCUCGGAUGUGGAGUACACUGAAGUGGAAGUGUCCUCAGUGGAGCCCCAUCAAGCUCUGGAAACAAAGGGGACAGAGACGGUGUACAGUGAGAUCCGGAAAGCCGACCCCAAUUUCAUGGAAAACAGAUAUUCUAGAACGGAAGGCUCCCUUGACGGGACUUAAGACCAUGAAGACAGGUGCUCAUUCCUGAGAGGACAUCCACGUCCCCAAGAGGAGCAGAUGCUUCCUGUGUUCCAAGAGCUCUGUGCAUUUAUUUAUGACCUGCCCUGCUCCCAGCAACCUAGCAAUUCCUCAGGCCGAGCCACCAGUUCUUGUAUCCACCCUGCUGCGUUAAUGUUGGGUGUAAAGAAAUUAGGAGGGGCUGUUUAUUUGCCCAGUGGCCCUCCUUCCAAGUUGGAGCAUCCUUGCAAUUUGGAAGAGCAAGAGGAGGUUCAGGGUAAACAGGCCACUGGGAUAUUCUGAAACUUGAAUAUUUUGUCUUGUACAGAGAUUCAAAAAAAACUUUCCCAUGUACCCUCCUACACUGAAACUGGUUUUGUUUUAUAGUCAGUCACUUCUAGAGAAUGGCCUGGUUUGGGGGCAGCUUGUUUUGGGUAUUGUUUUUUUUCUUCUUUCUUUCUUUCUUUCUUUCUCUUCCUGUGGUCCUUCAAAAGCCCAUAGCUCUGGGUAGUCCUUGUCCUCUGGAAGUGCACACUGCUGGCCAUACAGCUUCUCUCCGUCCCCUCUGUGACCUCACUGGCCAUGAUGGGGAAAUACUGCUGCUUGGGAGCAUCUCCUUUGAAACACCAGCCUGAAGAUGAGGUUCAUCCAGGCGACGCUCAUGACCAAAAAUGAAGGAGGAGCAGGCCCCGGGAUUCUGAGCUCUCUUCUCUUCUACCUUGCUGAGGGCCAAAAGACGAGACGAUGGUUGCCUACAGCGGAUAGUAUUUUCAAUAGAAAAAUGAAAUGUGUAUUUUUCUUACUAAUUUUUUUUUUAUUUAUUCCUUACUUUAAAAAAAUGGUCUCCUGAGGUCUCCAGAUGGUUUUGAGGGGGUCUUGGGAGCGUGGAAGCAGGCCGCGGCCGUCGUGCUGCGGAGUACACACACCUAACCAAGACAGCCUUCCCUGUUGGCCUCGGUGACGCAGCGGCGGGGGCCCUGAGGGGUGCUCUAUUAAAUAAAUUUGAUCUUUACUCUUCA